UGCUAUGGUAAGCUAAUAGACGCAACGCUCUGGUUGCGUUGCUAUCUGGGUCAUGUGGUUUACGGCUCCAUUCUGCUGCUUGUACGCGCUGCAUGAGAAGGACUGCAUUUCCCGACAUCCCUCGCUGGCGUCCCGAGCAAGUGCAAGAAGAGUGGUCGAAGAAAAAAAGGUGCCUUGCCCUGUCUUCUUCAAUGGCGGUGAUAAGACCCCGACCAGAGCUUUACCGUUGGAGGUUUUUUAGUCAGCCUGCAUCGCGUCAAAAGAUAAAAUUUGAUCCUGACAAUGUGGAACAUUGGAUUAAGCGAGUGGAACAAGCCUCUGAGUUUGCUGUUUCUGAGGCUUUUUCCUCAAAAAAGACUUCUUAUCCUAGAGGAUUUCAUGGUCCAGUGCUGGAUUUGGAAACAACAGAGCAGCUGCUAGAUCAUGAUGGAGCAUAUGUAGAAGCUCAAGAGCUUCUUAGUGAGUGGAUGAAUUCAAAACUGAAGCUGGAAUUGGCAAGUGAUCCAGAAGACAUUGCUGAAAAUACAGCUGCUUGUUGUAAUCUUCAGGAACCCCCUAUGAACUUUCAGAAGUAUGACAACUUCGAUGAAUUGUAUGGUUAUUUGGAACAAGAAAUGGAAAGUACCACAGUGCAAGACUUUUUGCAGCAUCUACUGCAAAGUGAAGUUGUGAAGAGUGGUAUUUUGGAAAAUCUUAAAACCGAGGAUCGCAAGGAGAAAAGAAAGUCCAGGGACCCACGAAUUACCAUGGAGCUAAGGCAUAAACAGGUAAAGGAAAAUCGACUGAGACGGCAGAAGGAGCUUGAGCAUCUUAAACAAGAGAAAGCCCUGAAAAAAUCUCUCAUGUCAGAGGCCCACAAACAACUCCAGGAGGAGAACAAGAAGAAGCUUCUGAAAGCCAAAAGAGAGGACAAGGAAAUCCAAAAGCUGAUGGUAAAGCUGCGGAAAGAGUUUGUAGAAAGAAGGCAGCGCAUAGAAAAUGCACAGAAAAUGGAAAGAAAGAGACUAGUAGAAGUCAACCUGUCCCCUGCUAUGUCAGCCCAUCUGGACUGUGAGAUAGAAGAACAAAGGAAAGCAAAAGAAACCAACCUCCAGGACCUGCUGGGCAAGAUUGACAUUGCAAAUCGGAAGUGCCUACAGAAGUAUUUCUCUGCCUGGUACAAGCUUAUCCUGGAUCUCAGGAUUAAGAUGGGAAAAGCAAGGGCCCUUGCUGACUGGAAGUGCCAACUGAAGACUUUGCGGGCCUGGAGAGAUUAUACAUGGUCCCGAAAGCUGGAGCAGGAAAUGCAAAGAAAUGAGAACCAGCUUUGGGAUCAGAAUAGAAAAAAACAAAUGGCUACAAGUUUUAACCGGAAAUGUAUUUUGCGCCAUUACUUUACUGAAUGGCAGUGUUGGAGUCGAACAGAAAUAGAAAAGAGAGAACUACAGAUGAAAAAGGAGGAAACAAGGAGGAAAAUGGCAAACCUGCUAGAAGAGUUAGUACUGGGGAAAUUUGCUCCACAUUCUUCAUGGGAUAACAAGAAAAUCCAUGAAACAGAAGAAGCCCAGAAUCUGUCUGUGAGUCAAGAAAAGAUGACUGUAACACCCUAUUUACAGGAUGAUUCCACCACAGUAAAAGUUGAAAGAACAAAUUCCUACUCUCUAGAGGACAAUCAGAAAUUUGAUGUUCAGUCAGUAAAGAAGCCAAAAUGGGCAUGGCAGGUCACUCUGAAACAUGCAGCUUUGAAUGCUGAGGACCAUGCCAUGUUUUGUAACCAAAAAAGAAGUUCCUCACAGUGUCUUGGUACAUCAAGACAAAAAACAGCUUCUGCCUUCUGGGGCCCCAUGGAGCACCGCUAUGCCUUCCAGCAGCAGCUGAUUGAAGAACAGAGACAGCAGAUUCAAGAGCAGCAAGAAUUGAUCCUUCAGCUUCAGGAAAAUGAGAAACUAAAAAAGGUUAGGGAAGAGGCUGAGCAAGCCACUGCUGUUACCAGGACACUUAACAAUGUUGCUCCAAAAUCUAGGAUUGAAAAGUCAUUGAGAGAGAAUCCGCUGAAUUACAAGAAUUCAGAGCCUUUAAGGUCAGAAAAUUGCCAGGCAGAUGUCCAAAGAAAAAAGAAUCUAAGAAUGCUAUCCACACCUCAUCCCUUACUCAAAGCCAUGGAAGAGAGAGCAAUUCAGCGAGCAGAACGGAGGAGGGAACUGGAGGAAGCUAAAAGGAAACGAGAGGAAGAGAAGUUGGCCCAGAUGCAGGCUGAAGAAGAAGAACGUCAGAAGCAGGAAGCUGCAAAAAAACAGGCUGAAUUAGAAAAGAGGCGAGAGGAAAGAAAACUACAGAAGAUGAAAGAACUAGAAAAACAGAGACGGAUGGAGAGAGAGCAGCAGCUCUUGUCAAAAGCAAAGGAGCAUUACACCAAGGUUUUGCUCAAGAAACAAGGGCUGGAUCCUUGGAAAAGACUAAUAAAGCAAAGUCAGGAAAAUAUGGUGAUGGCACAAAGGCAUCAUUGCUUCGGAUUGCAAAGGAAAUGUCUGCUUGCGUGGCUUCAUCAUGUGCAAGAGAUCCUUGAUGGAAAAAUAGCACAAGCUGAGAACCUUUAUUCCUGCCUGUUGCUCAGAAGGUCCUUCGGAAUCUGGAGAAAGUACUUAUAUUACAUAUCUACUCUGGAAGAGAUUGCAAGCAAACACCAGGAAACCUCUCUUAAGAAGAAGGUAUUUUGGGCUUGGUUUGAUGUACUCAAUGAGGAGAAGAGUGCAUUGUGGAGAAAACAGCAGGUGGCAGACCAGUAUAGUGACAGGAGGAUCGUGCUAAUUGCUUUCAGAGCUUGGCAGCAAUUCCCAGCACUGAUGGAAGAGGAAAGGAAGAGGGAAGAAAGACUAGCGCAGCUAAGAAGGAUAGUGACUGAAAUUCUGCCAGACUUUCAACCAUGACAAAUUAACGCCAGGCCAGAAGGCAAAUAGAAUUGGGAGAAAAGGGAUAAGGGAUCUGACAUGCUGCAUUCUCAGAUAGUGAAUAUGUGGAGACUUUCCUGCAGAUCUUAGACCUUGCAUCCCUGUCUGUUUCUGUCCACAGUGUGGCAGCACCUUAGUUCCCCAGAAGAAAAGUCUUGCUGAACAGCUGCAUAAGGAUAGAAUGCAACAAUCAAAAGUAGACCAAUGCCAGAGCCUCCUUUUUUCUGUCUCGGCCAGUUAGUCUGUUUCCCUAUGGUGACAACCACAUGUGGACCUUUUGUUGCCCUUGCCUCACCCCGCUGGUUCACUCCCAUAUGCACAAUUGUGCAAAGUUCUGCCUUGUCAUACUGUCCCAGUCUGCUGCAGGAUGAGUUUGAAUGCAAAAGCACCUAAGCAAGUUCUUUCCCAUUCUCUGAAGUUCUAUCAAAAUGCCUGCAAUACUUGCCUGUGCCCCCACCCACCCACCCACCCACCCAGUGAUAUGGAGUUGUCCCACAAGGGAGCAGCUCCUACACUGCCAUGCAUGCAAAAGGAGCCUGUAUCAGGACUGGCAUUACAGCCCUCAAAAGACUGAGGGAACAUGUACCUCAUCUCAGCCUGGCACAGUACAGCUGCCCAAACAGAUAAGGCAGCUUUCCCCAACCAGGUGCCCUCCAGAUGCAUGGCUGGUUGUGGAGUUCUGGACACUAAUCCCACACAUCUGAACAACACUAAUCGAGGAGGGUGCCCUAACUGUUCUGGUGGCUGUUUAAGUGCUGAAAAGGGCCUCCUAGCUGCAAUGUUCUUAAUGGUAACCAUCUGAGGGACACUCAUUGGCUCUGGGCUUUGGUUUGCUCCUCAGGUAUAAGUUCUCCCCUCUUGAAAGUUUGCAUGCAUAGUGGGGAAAAGGAUUUGGGAGGGUUGCCUGUGGCUGGUCCUUUUGUUUAGAAUUUCUGGUGCUCGGUGUUUCUGUGCUAAUGUAAGAAAUUCUGCAAACGUGCUGGGAAACUUUCUGUUAAAAUGCCACUCAUUAACAACUGAAACAUUAACAGAUGGAGGUGGAGAGAGUGUAGGCAGUGAACAGUUUGAUCUUAUACAUCUUAUUUUACUGCUUUCAUUAUUGUGAAUCAUGCUGAGAUUUUCAAGUCUCAACUGUAUGUCGUGGAGAACUGAAAUUCCACUGGAGCUGUCACUUGGCUGGAUUACCCUUAGAACUUGUGUGGUUUUAAAAUAAUAAUUGUAUAGGCCAAGGUUAGCAUCUUUGAGUUCUCUCUAAAAUAGUCCUUUAUUCAUUAUCUUCUGAAAUCCUUUACUCUGAGCUUACUUUCUCACCUCAAACAUACAUAGUUCAACCACCUGAAAUUCAUGUCCAAAAGGUAUGUACCAUGCCAGUGUUUAUACUUGUCAUGCUAUCUCUAAUGUCUGUUGCAAGCCUGCUGAUUAAUCUACUAAACUGUUGUGUUCACUAUUACAAAAGUCACUGUCCUAUUGAUUUUUUUCUCACUACUGAAUUAACCAACCAUAAAUAAGCUAAUCACCCUCCCCCCGCAAAAAAAAACAAGCAAUCAAACCCACCACCUGUAAUUUCUGGCAAAUGAAAAUUGCAGUUGAAAAGAAAUAAAAAUAAUCUGUAAACAAGCAGCAGUACUGAGGACAAUUAUUAUAAACUCAACAAUUCUGUGCCAAGUUCUGUUUCACCAUUUGGAAAUCAAAAUAAGAUGCUGCAGAUUCAGUUAACGUCCCUCCUUUUGAAAAUGUGAAGAUUGUUAAUAAAAUAUCUCUGCCCUGCUUCUGAUUCCAACAUAGUAAUUAAACAUUUCUGCAUCUGAGCUGACUUAGCUAGGGAAUACUUGUCAUGUUAGAAAAUGAAGCACUAUUCAAAUUUUCCAAGUUGUAAAGUUCACUGGUAUGAUUUACUACUUGUGAGCGUAUACUUACAAGCAGCCAGCUUGAAAAAGUUUAAAAUUGAGUAUAUUUCAACACA